UAAUGUUUAUUAGUCGAGUAGUUGAAGCAGACGCCGGACCGACCUGCUGCACCACUGUCUGCUGCUGCUGCUGCUCUCAUCAACGGCAUCAAUGGCUCCUCAUCACCAGUGACCUCACUCACCUCCUGCUCACGUCCUCAUAAACAACACACUAGUUCCUGGAAAUACAGUAGAAGGUUUGGACAUCAUGGGGAAAAACAAACGAUCGAAGGGAUACUACAUACAGUCGGCAAAACGACAGAAGAGACAUGAAAGUUUCCUUGGUCCUGACAUGACAGGCUUCAUGUGUACAUGCAAUGAACAUGAGCGGGAUUGUGUUCGAGAAGCUUAUAAUAUCCUGAAUGAGUUUGCUGACCAAUUGUUUGGCAAAGAAGAUUUUGCAAAACAAAAUAUGGAUAAAGAUGAUAAUGAAGUUAGCAAGACCGAAUCGGCUACAGACACGAAUACAAGUGAUGGCCAAGGAAAAAUGGAAAAGGGAAGUAAGAAAGAAGCUGGAGAAAGUUUAGAUGAUGGGAAAACUGACGGACGAGAGGAUAACAAUGCCAGUGACAGUGACGACGAUACAUUGGAUGUGGAGGCUGCUGUUAAGGCAGAUGUAUUGGAACUUCAAAAGAAGAAUCACGAUCAUAAACAUGAACGACGAUUCCAGCAAGUUAAUUGUGGAGCCAAAAACUGUGUUUUUAUCCGCACAACCUUAGAUGAUCCUUUGCCUCUUUCUGUUGCUAUUAUGGAUGACAUCCUCCAAAAUCAAAAGCAGAGAACAAAGAGACUCUUACGCAUGAUCCCUGUUCAGAAAACAUGUAAAGCUUUCCAAGAGGAUAUUGAGAAAGCAGUCGGGAAUUUGGCCAAAUCUUACUUUGAAAAAGAGAGUAAAACUUUUUAUGUAGUCAUCAAAAUUAGAAACAACACUACUUUACCACGUGAGCAACUAACUAAUGCACUAGUUCAAAUUAUUCAAGAUGCCAAUUCAAAAAAUACACCUGACCUUAAGUAUCCAGAUGUUGUUCUUAACGUUGACGUUAUCAAGAAUAUCUGUUGCCUCAGCUUUUUACCCGGGUAUUUCACAAAAUAUGCUAAAUAUAACUUGAUUAUGUUAGCAGAUAAGAAUAAAGUGAGUGUAACUAAAGCAAAGGGAGAUUUGGAAGACAGUAAGGGUAAACAAGAUGAUAUAACUAAAAAUAAGGAGGAAUCUAAGGAAGAUUUGGAAGUCAGCAAAGAUAAUGACAGUGUAACUAAAUCUACAGUGGAAUCUAAGGAAGAUUUGGAAGUCAGCAAUGAUAAAGACUGUGUAACUAAAUCUACAGUGGAAUCUACAAAAGAUUUGGAAGUCAGCAAAGAUAAUGAAUGUUUAACAAAAUCUACAGAGGAAUCAAAGGAAAAUUUGGAAGUCAGCAACAAUGAUAAAGAAACUAAAGCACAUGAGGAGUCAUAAUGGAAAUAUUUUUCCUUUUCGGAAGCUUGAGAGUGAAAACAACAAAUACUGUUGAAGUACUGUAUAGUUAAGGGAAUAAAGUGUUUUAGAUCAACUAACCACUGCUAUGUUGUGUGUGAUAUGAAAUGUUGUAAUUUUAGUCAUUGAUUCAAUGUUUUUUCAAAAGCCCCUAAAUAGGUAAUAUGGCACCUUAGCCUUCUCUUGUGUAGUGUAUUAAUGAGUAGUUGUACUCUCAUUUAUAAGUCAUCUGAUAAAGUCAAAGAAUAACAUAUUAAAAAGUAUUUUGAGUUGAAUAGAAAUUGGUCUGGAGUACUGUACGUGAACAUCUGGUUGUUUGUUGCUACAGUAGUCGUUAACUUCAGUAAUGAAUGUGUAUUUUGAUUUUUGUUUUUUGAUUAUGAUGUGUUUGUAAAGUUUCAUUGCAUCCCAUAAAGCUCUUUAAAACAAAUCCAUGAAAUGGGUGAAAUACUGCUGUGGAUGGCUUUCUACUUGCGUAGUUCUUACUUAGUUGUGCUUGCGGGAACCAUUGGUCCUGCCUCUCAACUGUCUGUCGACUGGUGUACGUGUUCCAGACCCUUUCGGGCUCUUUACCAUAUUAUUUCUGGUGUGGUGUUGCUAUUUCCCAGCAAGUUUACUCAGGUAAAGGUUAGGUGCCACUGCCUUAAACUUUUUGUUGUUGUUUCUUACGACAUUUCACCUGGCAGUUCCAAGGUAAUGGCGAGUUUAUUGCUUGUGUAAGGUUUGUUGUAGCAAAGAACAGCUGAAACUAGUAUGAUUUUGAGAUCAAAAUGUGAAAAGGAUGAUUAUGCAAUAUCAUUUCAUUUAGGUCCUAUUGACAAUCAUUGGCUUCAAAACAGGCAAUUUAUUUUGUCACAAGUGUGCUUUUGUUAAAAAAAAAUAUGCUUAAAUACACUUGACUUCUGAUGGCAGAAAAGGCUUUUGUGGUGCAAGUGCAUGAGUUUUAUUCUUAAUGAAUUUUCUCGCUCUUAUUUUUUUUAAGGAUUUUUUUAAAGGAUCAGUUUUUAUAAGAAUAAUUUGUUGAUGUUGUUGGCCCCUUCAAUCUCAAUCCAAUUAUCCAUAUUAAGACUUCUUUCAGGCUAGACCAGUCACCUUCUUAGCACUUCCUUGGCUAGGCUUCAUUUUGUUUCAAUAUUUCACUUAGCUUUCAUUUAAAUGUAUAUAAUGCAUUAUUUUAGCAGUGGCAUUUCCAGACAUAUGUUUGAGAACUGCCAACUUUUGUAAAAUUUUGGAAUUUUUAUCUACACUUUUGAGACAAAAGACUUAGCUAUUUCCAAAUAACUAAGAAUUUUGGAGAAUUUAGCUUUAGAGAAUUUUUGAGGUUACACCUCUAAAUUGCAGAGUUGCAUGUCAAAUGUGAAGCAAAUGCUGAAUAACCUUUUGGUUCCAGCACUUGGCCUUUGGAUUAAAUUUUUUAAUGAGUAAAUAUGACAUGUAAAAUUUAAGAAAUAACAGAUCUUAACAGAUCUGCAGGGUGGACUAGUUUGACUUGGAUGGCUAUACUAAACAGCCAUAUAUUUGAAAGUGAAAUGUGCAAAUUAAGAAUUAUGUAAUAUAAGUUCUUCAACUUAGUGUAUGCGCUUUGGUAAGAUUACCAAACCACACACCAGAAGAUGGAGAAACGACAAUGUUUCGGUCCGUCCUGGACCAUUAUCUAGUAGUGUAGUGUGCUUUGGUAUUUUUACCUGGUUGCAUAGACCAUGUGUGUGUACAAGCUGAACUGAUCUAGUAACUUUUGGGUAUUUUGUAACUCAGUUGGUCCUAUAUAGCCUUCUUGGCAUCAUACUUUCUUUUGACAAUUUCUUACAUGGUCAUUAUAAUAAAAUUCAUUGCCAUUGAAAAAAUAAAGUAAUCUGCCUUUUGUUUUGCACCUUUUAGUUGUGAUAUCUCCAUUGGGACAGAUGUUAAAAUAUUCAUCUAAUGCUUCAUGCAAAUUUGUGCAAAGAACGACAUUCAUAUUUUGAAAUGUUAUAAAAGAUGGCACUCUGUUUGUGUAUAGUACAAUAUUGUUAAAUACAAACAUAAAUAAAUCUCAUUUGCUGUACAAUAUAGUUUUUGUAUAAUAAAGUUUAUUAACUUUAUGGAAGUGUUCAUAGUGCAGUGUUGUAUGCUUCAUAAUUAUUUUAUGUACAUCUUUUAGAUUUAAUUGUUGCCAAUUCUGGUAAUAAGUACAAAAAUAGUUGUCCACAAAAUAAAUAUAAAAUAUUGUACUUUUGA